AUGCCCACCUUCGGAUUCUGGCGCAGCGAAGAAAACCCCUCCAAACCCAAGAAAAAACACCACCAACGACCCCCGCCAAAAAUCAUCUCCAUCCGCUCAAAACUGCACCCCGUAUUCCACGCCCCAGGCGUCAACGUCUCUCCUCAAAACCACUAUUCCACACACGCGAUUGAGGUGCUUAAGGAGGGGAAUUGGGAGAGUUUGCCCGUGGAACAGUUUAGGGAGAGGCAUGUUGAAGUGAAGAAGGUUGGUGGAGGUGGGGAUUUUGAGGAUAAGAAACGUAGGUGGGAAAGAGGGGUUGAUAGGGCGACUCGACAUUUUGAUUAUUCGGGUGAUGCGCUUACUUAUAGGGAGACAUUGAAAGAGCUUGGUCCCAAACUUAGGCUUUCGUCAGAAGCUAAACAAGCGAGAUAUUUAGAUAAGAUUAUGAAUGAUGUUGGGGCGGCUUUGUAUUCUAAACAUGAAGAGCCAAGGAAAAUUUUAGAUAAGUAUAGACGAAGAGCAAAAUGCUCCGCAUCAUCUGUUCUCAAUACGAAUAUAGCAUCUUGCAUUUACAAAGAUGGAAUUACAAGUGAAUGCUUCCUAGAACCUCUUGCCCGCGGGUUAUGA